AUGAUAAAUCACCUCAUGUCAGGUAGAGGCUCCUCAGUCGACAUGCACGAUUCCUCGUUAGGCUUGAUGCAGUUCCAUGAUCACCACCAGUACAUGUACGGCAGCAGCACCGGCCCUUUCUUGCCUCAACACCACGGCUUCAUCCACCCCGGGGACGAUCGCUGCACCGGCAAGGUCGUUCCUGCGUUGGUCGAGCAAGCCACGGCCGGAGUCGCCGAGGAGGUGGAGUUCGACGCGUGCAAGGAGGGGGGAGGCGACGUCGCGGUGGUGGGUCAAGAGAGGCAGCAGCAUGAUCAGGACGCGCCGAAGCCGGGCGAGGAGGAGAAGGAGGCCCAGGGCGUGCGGAUGAUCGCGCUGCUCAUGGAGUGCGCCGUGGCCAUGUCGGUGGGCAACCUCGCCGACGCCAACGGGACGCUCCUCGAGCUGUCGCAGAUGGCCUCCCCCUACGCGCCGUCCUGCGGCGAGCGCCUCGUGGCCUACUUCGCCAGGGCCAUGGCGGCGCGGCUCAUGAGCUCCUGGGUCGGCGUCUGCGCGCCCGUGCACCCGUCCUCCGCCUCCUCCUGGUCCGGCGUCCACGCCGCGUUCCGGGCCUUCCACAACGUCGCGCCGUUCGCGAGGUGCGCCUACCUGGCGUGCAACCAGGCCAUCCUGGAGGCGUUCCGCGGCAAGCGCCUGGUCCACGUCGUCGACCUCGACGUCGUGCCGGGCGGCGCGCUGCAGUGGCUCUCGCUGCUCUCCGCGCUCGCGGCCCGGCCCGGUGGCCCGCCGGUGCUCCGCGUCACGGGCUUCGGCGUCUCGGCGUCGGCGCUGCACGACGCCGGCACCCAGCUCGCCGGGCUGGCCACCAAGCUGGGCAUGCCGUUCGAGUUCUACGCCGUCGCGAAGCGCCCCGGAGACGUCGUCGACGCCGUGGCCGACCUGCCGAGCAGGAGGCCCGGCGAGGUCGUCGCCGUGCACUGGCUCCGUCACGCCCUGUACGACGCGGCCGGGGACGACGUUGUCACGAUGCGUCUGGUGCGGUGGCUCGAGCCUAAGGUGGUCACGCUGGUGGAGCAGGAGAGGGGGCCUGCCGGCGGUGACGGCGGCCAGUUCCUGGACCGCUUCGUCGCCGCGCUGCACCACUACUCGGCGGUGUUCGACGCCCUAGGCGCCGCGCGGCCGGCCGACGGCGACGCCAGCAGGCACCUGGUAGAGAACGGCGUCCUGGGCAGGGAAAUCGGGAACGUGCUGGCGGUUGCCGGGCCGACGAGGAGCGGGCGGGAGAUGUUCGGAAGCUGGCAGGUGGAGCUCGCACGAAAUGGUUUCCUGCGCGCCGGCGCCGUUGGGCGCGCGCAGGUGCUCGCCGGUGCGUGCCCGGCGGGGCUGGGCUACACGGUGGCGGAUGACCAUGACGGCACGGUGCGGCUGGGGUGGAAGGGCACCCCACUCUACGCCGUCUCGACGUGGACGUGCUGCACCACGGCCCAUGCACGAGCUUAA